GCCCACAAUCUCAGACUCUCGGAGUCCGGACAUCGAACUCAUCCAUGGCUACCUCAUCCUCUUCUCUAUGUAACUUCCUCUCUUUCCUAUUCCCCUCAAAAUCACCACCCCAGCUCACUCAUUUUCGGACCCAGAAACCCGGAGACGGGCCGGUCUCACUCGUGUCCCAAGAGGGCCCACUUUCUUCUUCUUUGGCCUCUGUGAUAUGUCCCACUCUGGCCUAUGCCAACACCCUCUACUUUAAAUCUGCGUACAAUGUGCAGGUGGUAGUGGAUGACAACGAGCCAGAGGAGAGGGAGAGGCUACUUAAUCGGUUUCGCAGGGAGGUCAUGAGGGCCGGAGUUAUUCAAGAGUGUAAGCGCAGGAGGUUCUUCGAAAACAAGCAGGACGAGAAGAAGCGCAGGACACGGGAGGCCGCUAAAAGCAACAAAAGGAGGCGCCCCCAAUUGAGAGCUCCACCGCAGGAAAAGCAGGAAGCCAAGACAAACAAGAAGGAAGAUGAUGAUGAUGAAGAUAACUGGGAUCUUCCUGAAGAAGGAGACAUUCCCUAAUUAACUGCAGCAUUCAACUUGCCUUUAAUUUAUAGAAACUUUCACCUUUCGAGUUCGAGAAGCUUUUGGUCCAUGCAUGCAUGUACGUGGCAUUGAGGAAAUCCUGUUCUUUGAUUGACAUGCAUGGUGCAUGCAUUAAUAUCCCUCGUACUGUUAUUUAUACAAUAUGAUAAAGUAAGGUAUGGUUUUUCAUUCUAUUUGAAGGCACUUUUAUGUUGUGUUUGUGCA